AUGGCACGGGCCGGGGGAAAAACGCGCACCCCGGCACUGGCCUCCUUACUCACCACUCCGAAGAGUGGCUUUCGGGGGUCCCAGAGCUCCGACUCUCUGGGCACCGUAGGAGCGCCGCCACGCAGGGGGCCCCGCGGACGGAUGGGGUAUCGGGGGAGGCCCGUCCCACCUUCACCUUGCCCGCCGCGGCGACCGGCUUGCUCGCUUCUCUCGCCAGGGCAAACCCCCGCUAGAUCGCGUGGGCCAUCACGAGAGUCUCCCCGGCUGGGGACAAUGAGGGUCGUGACUCCCUCAAAGGCCCCUUCGUCCGAGGGACUGCCGCCGCAAGUCAGGGGAGAAAGACACCCCCGACCCCAGCGACAGCCCCCCGCCUCCGGCCCCCCGGACCCCGACCUGGGAAUACGUCCCAGCGGCUCCGGAGGGUCCCAGGCCACCGAGCCCCGCCUCGGAAACGUCCGAGCGGCCUCGGCAGCCCGUCACCUCGUUCGGACCGGACGGGCCGACGCCCUCAUGCCAGGAUGCACGCCCUCAAAAGGGCGUCACCCCGAGACACAGGGGACACCGACCCGCGAUGUCCGUGGCCAGGACUGCGUGACUGCAAUCCCAGCCCCCUCACUGUCCGCCCACCCAGCGACCCGCACCACGUACGGUUAUGCCGCCGGGGUGGACCCUCCCCCGCCGCCGAGACAGGACCACGUCCAGCCCAGCGACGGGAGAGCCACCCCCCCACAACCCAAAGCACAUAAGGCCGGAGCACCGGCGUGCAAUGAGUUGCAGAGGGGUCGUUCGGAGCGCUCUUGGUCAGCGGACGCCCGACCUAAGGAACCGCCGGAGCCUAAAACGGCACACGGACGGCUCCCGGUCGAUCGCCCGCCUAAGCCCCGCCACCACGACAAGGUGGCGCUCCACGGGGGGGACGUAGAUGAGCCUAGCCGUAGGAAUCGUGUUACGGCUUGCGAUCUUAAAACUUACUUACUACUGCUACUGCGCUACAACCUUAUUGUAGAUCGACCUUAA